UGCUGUCAAACCAGCUGCUGCAGGACCACCUUCUGCCGGCCAACCUGUGUGGCCACCUGCUGCCAGCCCACCUGCUGCCGCGCUCCCUGCUGCCAGCCCUCCUGCUGUGGGUCCAUUGGCUGUGGACAGACCUGCUGGGGGUCCAGCUGCUGCCAGCCUUGCCGCCGCCCAACCUGCUGUCAAACCAGCUGCUGCAGGACCACGUGCUGCCGGCCGACUUGUGUGGCCUCCUGCUGCCAGCCCACCUGCUGUGGGACCACCUGCUGCCGGCCGACUUGUGUGACCCCCUGCUGCCAGCCCUCCUGCUGUGGGUCUAGUGGCUGUGGACAGUCCUGCUGUGGAUCCAGCUGCAGCCAGCCAGUGUGCUCUGGACCCGUGUACUGCCACAGAACCUGCUACCAGCCCACCUGCUGCUGCCUGCCUGGCUGCCUGCCACAGAGCUGUGGAUCCAGCUGCUGCCAGCCUUCCUGCUGCUGAUUGCCCGGCCAAGAACAGUCAUCUGCCCACAACGUUGACGUGCCAUUUGCCAACAAAUCCACUUAGAAACGUACUGAAAGGCAGCA